AAAGAAAGAAACUAUAAACAAAAGAGUGAAACUAACAAACAAACAAAAAACUGCAUUAGCCAAAAUGGUUUUCAUGACUUCUAUAGUUCUCUUCCCUCAUUCAAAAACAACUUUUUCUUCUUUUGUUAUUUAUUGCACAAUCAUACAAAUUUGCGCUACAAGCAACACCUCUCUUAAACCAAUCCUAUAAAAACCACAAACACACACACAAACUAAACAAAAAUCAAACAUUUACAAAGAUUAUAGAGAAGGAAAAAACAUGACAAACCUAACUCACUCUUUGCUCUUCUUCUCCUGUUCCUUAUCUCUACUUAUACGUGUGGCCAUUGCAGGAAGUAGACCUGCUCAUGGUCCAGCUUAUUCAAACCCAUCUGCUUUCUCUCCAGAAGCUUACGAUUUCUUUCACCCAAAAUCAUCACUACCUGACAAUAAUCCACCAAGAAACUCGCAUUCUUUGCCAUUUCUUUCACCUUCACCUUCACCUUCAAAGGCAUCUAAUGUAGAAGCAGACACACAAGGAAGUAAAGUUUCAUCAGACGAACGCAUAAGUGAGAGUAGGAGAGAAGAAGGACGAGGAGAAACUGUUGGCAUAGUGAUAGGCAUUUCUUUCACAGCUCUCCUUUUAAUGGGAAUUUACUUUGUGAUCAAGAAACGACUAGCUAAUUUAACCCGCACGAUUGUAAUCCACUCUGAUGCUUGAUCAUUAUCAAGUAAUUAGUUAUUGAUUUUGCAUGCAGAAUGGUAGCAAAAUAGCUGGACUUUGGUCUGGUUUAAUUUAAUAUUCCGUUUGAAUUUGGGGUUCGACAAAAAUUAGGAAAACAUCUUGAAACUAUAUAUGGAAAAUAAUUUAAUAUUUCAUAAAGUUAAAUGGAUCUUAAAUAUGUUUUAGUUGCUGUCAGAAAAUUAAACCUUAUUCAGUUUGGAUUCAAGUCUAGUCGUAUUUUAGUCAACGAAAUAAGAACUAGAUUUUUGGUCAGAGUUUCUUCCAAUUUCAGACAGUCGCACUAAAAUGGCGUUCCGCGUUUUCCUCCGCGUCCUCUCCCUCACAGCUCUUCUCAUUUUCUCCUUCUUUUGCCGCAUCUUCCUCCGACGUAGACGAUGAGGAUUUUAGCUUCCUGGAAGAUCUCAAUGAUGAAGGUCCCGGUGAGCCACUUACUUCCCCUGUGAGUCUGAGCCAGACGAAUUCGACGGAGGAGAAGCCGGAAGACCCCGAAGCGUACGACGACGUGGAAUACGGAGAUUUCUCCGAUCUAGGUAAUCAAGUUUCGGAUCGGUUCCCGGCGACAUUACGUGGUGGUCGUCAAAGAGCGUAACUUCACAGACGUGAUAGAGAACAACCAAUACGUCAUGGUUUAGUUCUACGCCUCGUGGUGUGGUCAUUGCCAGUGUCCUGCGGCUCAAGGGAGACGGUGUCGGUUUGGCUAAAGUCGAUGCGACGGAGGAGAAUGAGCUGACUCAUCAGUAUAGCGUUCAGGGCGUCCCUACUAUUAUUCUCUUCUUUGUAGAUGGGGAGCACAAGCCUUACACUGGAGGGAGGACAAAGUAAGUGGAACUAAAGUUCAAAUCUUUAGUGUGAUUAAAGCUAGUGUUACUGAAGUUAGUGUGUGUCUUACAGAAAUACGUCACCGCAAUUUAUAUUGUAUGAUCAGAACUGUUUCAAUGGACUACAGAAAGAUGAGGAUAAGUAAAUUUUAGUUUUGACA